ACGGCGGAGCAGCGCCAGGACGUCAGCAUGAUGGAGGAUCACGCAGCUGCCCAGGAGAAGCACAUCCCAUCAGGCUAUCCCCUUCAGAUACCAGUCGAUGAUGGAUCGGAUGAGCCUGUUUCUGAAACAUCUGACGCUAAGAGCACCCCAACUACGGAAGAUGCCACAGCACCUUUAGUGGAGGAAGGAGACCACGAGGAUCAGGGUGGUGUCGAACAGCACGGGGAGAUCCCAGAAGGAACCACAGCUGAAGAGGCGGGCGUAGGAGCCACCCCCAACCUGGAGGACCACGCUGCAGGAGAUGCUGCUCAAGGUCGUGUGGACAGCAAAGACAAGGAAGGGACUGAUGCUGAGGAAAAGAAACCCAAGGGCCCGGAGAUGAGAGGUGGCACGAAGACGGGCGGGCCGCGCUCUGCGGGCGGGCAGGCGCCCAGGAACUCCACCAACGCCACGCGCAUCCCCGCCACACCCACGGCCCCCAAGACCCCUCCUGGCUCCGGCAGAAAGGAGCAGAAAAAACCACCUCCUGCAGCAGCAAAGUCGGAGAAAGGUGAGCAGCCCAAGUCCGGAGACAGAAGCGGUUACAGCAGUCCCGGCUCCCCCGGGACUCCCGGCAGCCGUUCCCGCACUCCCUCUCUGCCCACCCCACCAGCCAGGGAGCCCAAGAAGGUGGCAGUGGUUCGCACCCCCCCGAAAUCGCCCGCGGCCGCCAAGAGCCGCAUCCAGCCCGCGGCCGCGCCCAUGCCCGACCUGAAAAACGUCAAGUCCAAAAUCGGCUCCACUGAGAACCUGAAGCACCAGCCCGGAGGUGGCAAGGUGCAGAUUAUUAAUAAGAAGCUGGACUUUAGCAGCGUUCAAUCCAAGUGUGGCUCAAAGGAUAAUAUCAAACACAUCCCAGGAGGAGGCAGUGUCCAAAUUGUUUACAAGCCAGUCGACCUGAGCCACGUGACAUCCAAAUGUGGUUCCCUGGGCAACAUCCAUCACAAACCAGGUAUGGCAGGGCUG